AUGGAGUCACCACUCUAUCGCCAAUUCUUAGUCAACUUGGAGAAGAAAGGAUUCUUCGCGAAUUGUAGCGAAACGCAAAAAGAGAUGAAAAUUGAGAAGGCGAAAACAUACUUCAAUACACACUACACAGGAACAAACAGCGUGGUGACUCACGCACCUGCGGAAACUGUCGACCCUGCCAAAUUUAAGGAAGCGGAAGAACACAAGAUGAAAGGGAACGAACAUUUGGCGAAGAAAGAAUUUGCGAAAGCGAUCGACGAAUACUCGAAAGCGAUUGCGCUGUGCAAAGACCCGAUUUUCUAUGGGAACCGAGCCGCGGCGUACACUGCGAUAGGAGAGGAUUUGCUUGCUAUUGACGAUGCGAAUAUGUCGAUUAAGAUGAAUCCGAACUACGCGAAGGGAUAUGGAAGACUUUCUAUCGUCUUAAGUAAACGUAAGGAUUACGAGAAAGCAUUGAAGGCGAUAGACACCGCAAUAGCACUUGAACCAAACGAUCAGUUGUUCAAACAAAAUAGGCAACACCUUCUCGAGAUCAUUGCAAAGGAAACCCCGUCGCAAGAUUCUCUUAAGAAAGAGGAAAAGGAAGUGAAGCCACUCAACACAAAGUCUGAAAAAGAAGAAAACAAAGAGAUCAAAAUCGAAGAGAAAGAAAUGAAGGAAACAACAGAGACUAAAGAAAAUAAAGACAUCCCAAUCCAAGAGAGACUACCAAAUGGUAUUGGACAAGACGGUCCAAGAACUCCUCCUCAACAACAACCGCAACCAAAUCUUUUUAAUAUGUUUGGUGGAAUGGGAAUGCCUCAAGGAGGAAUGCCUAAUGUACAAGGACUCGAAUCCCUCUUCACAGGAAACUCACAACUGAUGGACAUGGCAAGAGGAUUUAUGAAUAAUCCCGCGAUGAGACCUAUGCUCAAUAUGGUCGCACAAUCAAUGGGAAUCACUGUCGAACAACUCCAACAGUCAAUCGAUGAACAAAACAGAGAAGGACAGAAUCAAGGAAAUACUACGGGACAAAACAGAAAUCAACAGAACCAAAGAAGACAAGACCCACCACCAGGGUAUCUCUAA